AUGAAGGUGGGCUCUUCAUCGCAGUCGCCAGAGGGCAGCGCGGCUAGGGCCGCAGCAGAUUCGGUGAUGCCAGUGCAGUCAUGCUCUUUAUCCCUGGUGACGGGCACCUCAAAAAGCGCCCCGGCAAGCACGGGGGUAUUCGUGGGCGACAUGGACUGGCCGCAGGGGGAAUUGGUUCCGGUGGUUUCGCUGUGUGGCGCCGCGGCGAAUGCCCCUUCCUCGCCGCCGCCCGCCGCCGCUGCAUCGGCGCCGCUCAUUGCGUCCCCUGAGAACCCGCUCACACCUUCUACUAUGGUGCCUCCUGUCCUGCCAGUGUCGGCGUUGCCCUUCAUAAUUAGCGUCGUCACGCCGGCGAGUGGGUCAAGUGCCGCGGCCGAGAUAAACACUGCACCGACUCUGGAGAUGCUGGGGAAAAUCUCGGUGCUCUCGACGGAAAACGCGACUGUGUCGACGCUGUCUCCUCCCAGCUGUGACCCCGUCGCCUCCUGCCACGACUUCUACCGGCGACUGAACAGCAGUCUCGGUGUCUCGUCUGCCUCCUCGGUCCCUCUUCUGCGGAGCUUCCCACCCCUUCCGGCGACGUCGCUUGGCGACAACAGCAGCUGCAGUGACGACAGCGCCGCCGCAGCCGCUUCUGUGUUGUCCGUCGGAGAGGCGGAUGCACCUCUCGCGCCUCCGUCAAGCCCUUCAGAGCCGCCGUUGCCACUGCCAGGCCCCGCACCCUCUCCACAGGCAUCUGCUCCACCGCAGCAGCAGCAGCAGCAACCCCCUGCAGACGUCGUCGCGCGGCUGAACCCGUCGCUGCUCCUCGUGGCGCAGACGCUGUGCAGAUGUCCUUUCGCGGAGGUCAUGUGCCCCGUCUUCGUGAUGGAGAGCUCGAGAGCGCGCAUCGCCGCGGCCGCGAUAAGAAACCCAGACCCAGCAAGCUCCUCGGCGAUGACCGUAGACCCCGACACACAGAGGCAGACUCUGCCUCUUACACUGGACCGGCCGCCCCACCCUGCGUCGUCGUCGAGCUCGCUCCGUCACCUCGACUCCCCGCAGCCUCUGGCUAGCAACGCCACCGUCCUUGACCACCAAGAGGACGAGAUGACCGAGGGCAGCCGCGGCACUUACCACCAGUCCGCCGCUGCGGUGGCGAGCGGGGACGCGAGCGACGCCGGUGUCGAUGACGAAGACGACCCCGAGACGAACUCGGCGCCCGCGUCGAGGAUACCGGAGUCUAUAUCCAAGCCCUUGAUGGGCCGUGCAUCUUUGUCAUCGCACAGUGCAAACACCAAAGCCGCCGCCAUGGCCACCUCCACCGCUGCAACGGCGACCAGAAACUUCACCCCUAACUACAGCGCGCUCCCGCUGGAGCAGCUGAACAGCGAUAGCCCGACGCCGCCCCCACAAUGCGCCUGGUCGCUCGUGUACGCCAACGACGCUGCCGUGAGCAUGCUGGGCUACAGCGACGUGGAUGAAGUGACGGCGGCGGCAUUUGAUAACCUGCUCUGCUGCUUCGCGCUGACCCUUCCCCCGAGUGCCUCCGCCGGCAGCAUCCGCAGCGACAUGCCCCUCGUCACCGCCGUAGCGGCAACGGAUGGGGCAUCACUGCCGUUCGCGCUCGCCUCGCUACCCGCUACGGAGUCCUCGUCAUCACCGCAGGCCGCAUGCGUCGGGGAGAAAGAGAUGGCCAGCAAUGACGAAAACGACGACAAGGGACGCCAGAAGCAUCAGCAGCCGUCUUCCAACGCAGUGCGGCAGCCGGGAUGGCGGGAGGUGCAAAACCUAGGCGAGCUUUUCACUCUCCCCGACCGCAGCUACGUUAUCCUGUACAGCAAGCGCACCUCCGCGUACUACGCGGCACUUGCGGUGCCGUCGCACCAGCCGAAGAUGUCACAGCGAACCAGCGUGGACGGCGAGAGUACGCCUCGGAUGGACUCGCCAUCGUCGCGGCUGACAGGCAGCGAGGAGGCCACCGCGAUGGCGCAGUGCGAGCGACGAACCUCGACGAUAUCAGCAGCAACAAACACCUCCUCCCCGCUCGAGCCCGACCUGAGUGGUGAAGCGUCGCCGCCGCCGCCGAUGCAGCAGCAGCGUUGCAGCCGUUACGUGGAAAUUUACAUCCUUCAGCGGCUAGAGAGUAGCCAUAGACCAGCUGGCAUUGCAAGGAUGCCGACCGCACGCGCGGUGACCGCCGGCCCCCCGCCAACACUGGUAACCCCUGGCAGUGGCACUGCCGAUGCGCGCGGGCCGGGCGCUCGGACCACGACAUCCUCCGGUGAUCAUCGGCCCACGGCCGUCUUUGCGCCGCCACCCGCAGAGGCGCCGCACCUGCGCACUCCACAGCAGCUGCCGCCGCCACCGUAUCGGCCACCGCGCUCGGCGUUGUCCGUCUCUGCCACUGCAGCCGCAGUCACCGAAACGGGCAGUGUCGACUCUCUCGACGUCGACGCGGCGCGUCCGCUGCGGGAGCAGUAUGCGAACUGCAGCCAGCACGUCUCCCUACACCCGAUGGUGCAGAGCCAGCGCCGGCUUCCGAGCAGCAGCACGGAGCGCUCUUCUAACUGGGCCGCGUCACGCACGAGUGGGCAUCCUGGAUCCCCGGCGCCUGGCGUGCAAGUCACCUUUGGCAGUCCUGAGACGCCCUCUGCCAACAGCGACGCCACCUCGGCGAUGCGGAGUACCUCGCAGCACACAAACCAAAACAGUCUGUGCGAUCUGAGCUACCCGGCCUUCCAUGUGAAUCUGGCGCAACCGACGAUCACCUCAUCGGACUGCCUAUACGGUGCCAAUGAACCCGCUGGUGCGGCACCUCUGGCGGCCGCCGUAGCGGGAGAAUCACGAGGGCUGCCGCUCACACCACUGCACAAGCCAGGCGAAGACCCGCACCACAACUACAGCAGCCCCAACAGCAGCUCUACGCCGUUGCAGAAGACAGCAUUGAAUGCCCGCCGACCGCAGUCGGAGCAACGUCACCUGCUGAGCCGCCAACGCCACUACAGGCCACUAGCCGGCCUUGACGACGAGGAUGAGGCGCGCGCGGUGACCCGGUUCAAGCGCAGCUCCAUGAACAAUUCGCUGCCCAUCUCUCCAGCCCUCCAACCAGCGUCUGAGGCGACUUCUCGCCAACGUAGCCUCAGCUCCGCGCCACUGUCGGCGACGAACAAAACCAUUGCCCUCCUAAGCGGUGCGCGAUCCCGCAUGCCCUCUCCUCUAUAUCAACAGCUGCCACCGCCUAGCAGCGGGCGUGUUUCGUCGUCGGGGUCGGCACGCCUACAGUCACCGGCGGCUUCCACGGCAGCCCUCGCCCCUGCAGUGACUUCGUCAGCACCGAGGCGUGCGACGCACGAGGCGCGCGACGUGGAGAGCGUCGUCCAGCUGGCCCAGCAGGUGCGCACCGAACAGCAGCCUCAUCGCAAGAACAAAGCUGGGCAGCUCGCGGCGUUUGCGAGGGGCUCUCCGCCGUCGGCGUGGGCGCACAGAGACGCGCAGCAGUUAUCGCCGUUGCCUUUGAGCUUUUCUCACUCGCAUGCCUCCCCGGUGUACCGCGUCCCGCACAGUGGUGGUCAUCACACCCUCGUGAGUGGCGGUGACGCUGCAGGCCUCAGCGAACACAGUCUGCCCCAUCAAACCUUCCCCAGUGCCGUGACAGGAUGCCUAAUGCAGCACCCGCAGCCUUCAGGGCGGGCGUCCCCUAUGGAGGCCAGCUCUGCGCAGAUGUUCGGUCAUGUGGCGGGAAUGUCGUGGCAGCGGAGCAACGAUGUGGAUGAAAUCACGCCACACAAGCUUGCGGACCGGUUGCGAUCUCAGCGCGGCGUCGUGGCCGUUCUCGUGUCGGCACGCCUGCCGCGCACCAUCAUCUUUAACUCGGUUGCGUUUAUGAUGUUCGUGCAGCACGUCCUGAGGUUCCAGCGCCGCAACGGCGCCACGCAGGUGGCGUGCAUCCUGACCGUGUGCCGUAAGAUGCAGCUGGUCAUUGACAUGAUCCCUGUGGAGGUACUGCUGGGCGCCGGCGGCUGCGUCAAGCGCACCGGCACUGACAACGGUAGCCCCCGUACCAACAGCGCCAGUCCCGCCAGCCGCAGGGUGAGCGUGAGCUGGAAGGCAAAUAAUGGCAAUGCUGAGGGCGCUGACAGAAGCAGCAGCACAGCCACAGAGACUGUCGGGGCAUUGCCGAAGCUAAACGCAACGUUGCUGAGCCCGCAGGAGGCGAAUCCCGCUGGGCCCCACCUUGUAGGCUCGCUGCCUUCAUCGGCACCUGCCACGUCCUCACAGCAGCCGCAGCGGAUGAUCCAGGAGCUACUGGCGGCAAGACUGGCGGACCUCGACGUCUUCUACGGCUACGAGGAGUCGAGGGAGGCCUUCUCUCUCGCCGCCCCCGCGCUAGACAGCAGCCUCGGCGGCUUCAUGCCCAGCCACAGCAGCAGCAGCAGUGGCUCCUUCAUGAACUCCAAUAGCAGCUGUGUUCCGCCAACCGCGACCGCGUCCUCGCUUGGCACCGGUAUUGUUGCGUCGUCGCCGCCGUGCGGCUCGAUGCAGCGCUACUCAACUCAAGCGUCCCCGCUGCAGUCGCCUUCAGGCGGCCGCAAGAAAAGCCGGACGGCGAUGCCGCUGCGCAGCGUGCAGUCGCUUCUCGCCACUAACGCCGUACCGCGCCACCCACACCGCGACCCCCUGCGACGCCCCAGGGCCUGGUCUCACAGCCCUCACCUACAGCAGCAGGCGCACGACCGCAACUCAUCCACCACCUCUCCCGCCAAUGCUGUUCGAAAAGUCGCGCUCGCCUCGAAUGCAGCGUCGAGCGGCGGCGAUCGCCGCGACAGCACACGUCGCAGUACCAGCGUCAAUCUGGGCACCUGCAGCGGCACCGACAGGCUAUCGAAGCGGAGCAGCGCCAUGAGAAGUAGCGCUGACAGCGUCUCAAACGGCGCGUUAUCGCGGCGAUCGUCGUUCACGACACGGACAACGGCAGCGACGGCGGCAGCGGCGGCGGCAGCUGUGCGCGCAGGCGACUCGGUGCAGCGCAAAGGACCAUUAGCGACACUUGGUGGGGGCGCAGCUCACGUUGCAGACGGCAGUCGGGCGGCAUCCGUGGUUCUUUCUCGCGUGAGCAGCUCUGCUGCGACGACGACGGCCAGCGGCACCGCGGAAACAGCACAAGAGGGUGGCAACUCGAGCAUCCUCACGAACAAUACCACCGCGGCGAGCCACCCGUUCAAUCCGGCGUUCUCCGAGGUGCGGGCGCUUGGGGUGCAGCAGGACACCGCUGAGGAAGGCGACGACGCGCUGUCGCGGCAGCGCACCCGCAUGGAAAAUGGGGAAAGCAGCUACGAGGUCAUGGAGGCUGCCACCGAGAGCUCGCCUACGUCGCUGCUCAGCCGCCGUGCCGGCAGUGUCAAGCAAUCGCUGCUGUGGGCCUAUCCAGGGGCUCGAUCGGCUUCGCAAGCCCCACAGCCGCAGCGCCGUCGCCACCCUUCACGCUAUGUGUCAAGCUCCUCCUACCUAUCCCGAGACAUGCGGGAGAGCUUGGCCAUGUGCGAUGCUGCCACCCGCAUCCGCGCCGACACGUACGAGGCGCGAGUCCUAAUCCCCUUUACCACGUCGCAGCGGCUGGGGCUGCUGAGUCGCCUGGGCAACGUGCAGCUCUCCAAGUAUCGCGGGCUUUCCGUCUUUGGUGUCAACAUCAUGAACCUGGUGACCGAGGAAGCUGCCGCCGAGGCAGCGCAGCCGUCGCCGCCGAUCAUUCCCCUGCGGUACGACAUAGCGGCACGCACGUACUUGGAAGGCGCGCGCGGCAAGAGUGUCAUCUUUUCGCCCUUACUGUCGCCCACCACCGCGACGCCAUCGUUUCCGAGCAGGGCAGCGAGCGCCAGCGCCGACGUCGAGGAGGCCAAGGCGGAGCCAACGGAGGCAGAAUCAGCAAUGGCAAAUACGGCGGCGGCGAAUAUGUCGCGCUCGGACACUUUGUCUGAGGCCGCAAAUCGAUCUGACUUCUCCAUCACACAGCACGGAGGCGCCAGCGGCAGUGAAGGUACCUCUCCAGAGGGCGUUGAUGACACACUGCGGCGUGGCAGCGGGGCGACCGCAUCGGGAGAAGCGACGCCGAUGCAGCGCCACGCCGACCCCUUUCAGCUGCCGAUGGACCCUUCGUCCACCGGCGGGACGCAUCACGGCACCUACAGAGGGUUUUCAGCACUUUCGAUGCAGUCCACGGACGACGGCGAGGAUGGGCAUUUCUCUGCAUCUGCCGUAGCAGCAACAGCAGCGCGUGCAGAAGCGGUGAAGGGCAUGGAAGACAGUAAGAAGCGACUCUCCGACAGCGUUGGGAGAUGUACGAAGCAGCUGCAUGAAGGCAGCCCACUCCGGGCUACGGCGUCCUUGAGUGUAUUCACCGUACGUAGCGGAAGUCUACCAAGGAAAGGCACAGGCUUGCAGCUGCCCACAGUGCUUCUUGACGACACCAUCGCCGCUGCAGAGGGCAAGAGCCGGAGCACGGCUGUCGCGAAGACGACUGAAAAAGAGCAGCUCACGGCACAUGCGCGCACGACCACGCAGAGGGCGUCGAUGGAGAUAACGUCGCCGCUGCGACGGGGCAGCAGAGACGCGGCGCCGGUAAGCGAGACCCACAACACGCCCAAUACGGCGGUGACCGUGCCCACAGUGGUCAUGCGCUCACCACCGCAGCGGCACGGGCCGCAGAAAUACCUUACUCCACACUCCUGUCACCACGCCGUUGAACCGUCUGCCCAGACCGGGACGUUACAGACACCGCUCCAUCUGGCGCUUCCAUUCGCGGAAAGCUGGAACGCGGGGUCGCAGUCGCCGCCAGUGAGCCAGGGCAGCAAUAUCCUCAGUGCCUCUUGCGCAGCCGGGGUGUCAGGCGCGUCGAUCACUGCAAGCAGUUGCGCAGACAGAAUCAUGCGCAGCAGCCGCAGCGACACCCCAUCAAUGCAGAGCCGGCCGGCCGUGCCGUACCCGUUGUCUCUGCCGCACCCCAUUAUCUCCUGCACGACGCCCUUCGCUGCUGGCAGCAGCAACCUAACGGAGCUGACCAGCACGCAGAGCAGCAAGACACAGGGCCUCGUCAGCGUCUGCAAGCAGAAAUCUGGCGGGACCGAGCUGCUCGGCUACACGCUCUCCAACAGUGCGGCCGCUGCCUUCGGCGACCUCAGCACCGCACUGAAGAAGGAUGAUAAUGUGCAUGCUGGGAGCAGUGCGGGGGCAAGCAGCACGGAAAACAAGGAAGAGGCAAAGAAGGCGGCCGCGAACGCGACAACAUUGCUGGGGUCCAUCGCCGUCGGGGCUCCCGAGACUGAGCGCCGCACUCAGCAGUACGCGAAUUCGGCGUCGCUCUCGGGGCAAGCACCCGAGUCGGUGAUUGUCGCUGGCAUAUCGGCUCGCGCCGCCUUGCCGAGUAUCUCAUCCGCCACUCUCACUGGCACGGCCGCGGCGCAGUCGACGGCGGCUGGGGAAGGCAAUGCAAUGACAUCGAAGAUGGAGGUGAAGCUGUCGGGUGUGUCCGCUGACGAUGGGGAGCACAAAAGCAUCGGCAAUCUGGGCGAUCUCGUCACACCCGUGGCUGCGCGGAAUGGGGGCGCGGGGGCGUCGGAUGAUCGGCAUGCCCCUGCGGGCGACGGCAACGCCAACAUGCCCGACGAGGCGAACGACUCGUUUGCCGAUAACUGCGUGGAUAUUUUCGGUCUCGUCAACCGCCCACAGCAGCUGGCAGAUCUUCGACGCUGCGUCAGCAUGCAUGUUCGAAGUGUUUGCGAUCAUGGUUUCUUGUCGACUGGCAGCAGCUCCAUGUCCUUUGGCGCCACCGCCAAUGCGGUGGCAGCAGCGGCGGCAGUGCAGGGGAACAUGUCAAGCUCCUCUACGGGGAAUCACAGUUGGGGUGCCGCGGUUGCCGCGCUGCCGAUUCGGCCAUUAACCGCCUCUGUCUCCUCACCCAGCGAGAGCCGCGUCGAUGAAGGUGUGCGCAGCAGCGAGAGCAGCAAGCUGAGGCGUAUCUCAGGCCUCAGCAACACCACCGCAACAGCAGAGAAGGGUGCCACCCCACACACAAACGCCGCCAUGCGUGCCGUUGCGGAGGACGCGGUUGAUCAAACAACGCGCAACAAUCUGCAUGUGCUUCUCUACACGACCCGCGCCUACGCAGAAGUAGAGGAGGUCUUAGGCAUCUACGGGCACUGUACAACCUUCGUCACGAGCGCGACGAAGAUGCUACGGUACGUCCGCUCAGGACUGCAGCUCUUCGACGUCGUGAUCGUGGAGUGGGUGGACUCUCUUAUUAGCGAGGAAAUGCACGAAACGCUCGCCAAACAUGCCAUCGAGGAGACCGUCGUCGCCUUCUUCAUCUCGACAAGGCCCGGCGUGCGCACACCGACGAUGAACGUCGCUAACAUCAUGACGGACGCGACGGUGGUCAUGUACGCCGACAACCUGCUGGAAGGGCUACUCUCGCGGAACGUGCUGGCGGAGGUGCAGCAGCUGAUCCGCUGCCGCCGGCUGCUGCGCUCGAUGGUAGAUAUAACAAAGGAGCGGUCGUACCAGAUUGUGGGCCACAUCGGCAGCGGUGCCUUUGGCGACGUCUUCGAGGUAAUGAUGUACGCGUCGCGCGGCAGACUGGCGAUGAAGCGCUUCUUUUUGAAGAGCAUGAAGCUGCGGCAGCUGGAGAUCAUCAACCGCGAAGUCAGCAUCAUGCGCUCUCUUGAGCACCCUAAUAUCGUGUCGUUCUCGCACACCCGACUGGAGGACAACUCGUACGCCAUAUUCAUGGAGCUCUGCGACGCAACGCUGGCGAAUCAUCUGCUGGAGCCGUUCGUGGCAAUUCCGGGCGCAGCCCAGCGGCGGCAAUACCGCAGCGCCGGCCUGAUGGCCGAAUACCCAGGUAACGCCAUGAGCAACAGCAGCAACUCCGUCAGCGGCAACGGCGUCGACGACAAGGUCGACAUGGCGGGCAUGCUGCGAGCAGCAGCGCGCGAGGGCGGCAGAGCCGAAUUUCUCAGCACCCACGGGGCCUCGAUAAUGGCGCCGGAGCUCAAACGUCCGCAGGACGCCGUCAUGAUCGUGCACGACAUUGCCAGCGCGCUGAUCUACCUGCAUCGCCGCGGCAUCAUCCACCGGGACAUCAAACCAGCCAAUGUGCUCUUCGCGAACGGCAUGGCGAAGCUCGGCGACUUCGGGUCGGCCGUGAAGAUGACGGAGUCGCGGCAGCUGCGCAACAUGAAAGGGACGGUGAGCUACAUGGCGCCCGAGAUGGUGCUUGGCGAGCCGUACACCGAGUCCUGCGACCUGUGGUCCUUUGGGUGCCUAAUCGCACGUAUCAUGGGCAUCAACCUGGGCCACCUGAACGGGCUCCACAUGCCGGCGCUCAACGAGCUGUACCGCGCCAUCCCCAAGAACGGAUCACUGCCGCUCACCUUUACCAACCGCCUGUCCUCGCGCUUUGGGAAUCACUACACGGAAGAGACGACGAACCGCGUGCUGAAGGCGCUCAAGUACGCCAUAAAGAUUGACAUGGCGGAGCGUCAGCUGGCUGCUUCGCCGAACUCACACGACUCUGUGGACAAGAGUAGCACCGUCGAAGGCAAAGAGAUGCAGAGCAGCAGCCACCAGACUACCUCCAUCGACAGUGACGCGUCGUACUGCACAGACACGGCAUCAAUGACGAGCGAGCAGGAAUCGCGGCACGCAACGGAGUCAGAUGGCGCCGGGGCUGUAACCUCUGAAGCCGACACUCAAAACAGUCGCCGCAGUAUCUUGUGCAUCACAACAUCCAAUAUCGUCGUGCUGGACGAAUUCUCCGUGCUGCUGCCCACCUCGCUCGUGGACCUUUUUAAUCGACUGUUUCACCGUGAUCCUGCGAAGCGCAUGACGGCGGCCGAGGUGUUGGAACAUCAAGUCUCAUGGGAUGUGGAGUGGAUGACGCGCAUGAUGCAGGAAAUCUACGAAGUUUCGUGCCUCGUUGAGCAGAGAAGUGCGGGUGCGCAAGGCGCAGCAGGAGGGGUGAGUCGGUGCCACUUAGCGGGGCAGGCAGGUGGAGGGCGACUGCCGCGUGGGGAGGAAGGUGCUGGAACGGGUGCCGCUAUACCGUCAGUGACGGCGGGCAACUUCGCUUACUUCCCUAUCCAACCCGGCUCCGGUGAGCUGGCGUGGAUGACCGGCGGCAGUGGAAGCCAAAGCGUUCUCGGCGCGGCCGGGACAGGCGGUUGUGCCAACAUUCCGUCAGCCGCGAACAACUAUGUACUCGACUUGUCGCUAAGCAGUAGCUCUAGCGGCGGCGGCGGCGACGACAGCGGUGACAGGGGCAGCGAAGGCGAGGCAUCCGACGACUGA